AGGCUUCGGCUGCUGCAGCUCUUCUUGGAAUGACAAAAGCAGAAGACUUUCUCCCUGAGUUGACAAAGCUUUUGGGCGACCCCGACGCAGCGCUGCGCUACAGCGUUGCCCGCACCAUGCGUCACCUUGCAGCAUCCCUAGCUGCGCAGAAAGCAGCUUUGGGGGCGCUGCUGAAAGGCGAUCCAGAUGUUGCAGCUGCAGCUGCAUAUGUGCUGGGAGCUUUGGGGUCGCAAGCAGCAGACCAAGCGCCAGCACUGGAAGCCCUCUUGAACAGCAAGGUGGAGGACACCUCAGCACUGGCGCUGUCUGCAACUGGUGCAAUUUCUCCCUUGCCGGCGGCUCUACGGAAACCGACGGUUGCUGCAGCAGAGACCCUCGGUUUGGCUGGGGUUGUCACUGCUGCGCCACGAAUCAUGGAGCUGCUGAAGAGCUCGGACUCGGAGGUUCGUGCGGCUGCAGCGGAAGCAUUGGGUCGGCUUCGGGACGAGAGCGCGGUGCCUGCACUCUUGCUGGGGCUGAAGGACCCUUCACCUAGUGUGGUUCUGGCCUGCUGUGGUGCCUUGGGGGCGUCAAAGCCAAGUCCUGAGACUUCCGCUGCUGUUGCCGAACUGUUGGAGGAUCCACAUCCCGCGGUGCGCGCACGUGCAGCCAACGCUCUGGCGGAGAUGGGCGACACACAGGCUUUUGUGGAGCCUAUUGCAGCUCUGCUGGAUGACAAGGCACCUCCUGUGCAGGUUGCAGCUCUGCGUGCAUUGGUUAGCUGUGGAGAACAAGGGCAGCUUCACGCUGCUGACGUGUGUCGCCUCGCAGCGCAGGGGGAUGAUAGGACGCGGGUAGUGGCAUUGCAGACGCUGUCGCAGCUGGGUGAGCGUGGUGCCGCCUUUGCAACAGAGCUGGAGCCCCUACUUGAUGAUGCCUUACCAGAAAUCUGUUUGGCUGCUCGGCGGACCUUGGAGCAAUUCAAGACUGGGCGUGCGGUGCCAUCGCUCCCGAGCCUUCCCAAGGUGCAGGAAGUGCCAGCUUUGGAGCCACCGAGCGCAGGUGCUGACUUCAUUGCAGUGGUCUGAAGAGCUGGAGGCAUUGGCCGAUCAAGAUGAUUGGACGAAACUCACCACAGCUCACGUCAUGUCUUGAGAUCUUCCAUAUGUACAAAGAAGCAGUCACAUUUGCCGUUACAAGGCAUUUUACUGCACUGUCAGGGGCUCUCUCAAUGAAAA